UUUUCCAAAAUCGCGAAAUAAGUGAAAACAUUCAAACGAAGACGACUACAAACAGCCAUACGCAGUCGAGGUUCCAUUGUUCUGCGGAAAAAGUUAUAGCUUUGGUGCUGAAAUCAACCUUCUAGCAUGGCAAACGCUAUGGUGCGUUUAAAUUCGCUUCCGCGUCAGCAGAUUGCGGCCCUCGUUCCGGCGCUGAGAGGUGCCUGUGCCUCGUCGGUAGUCGCAUCUAACAAGCAACAGGUCCGACAUCAAUCCGCUCAGGCUUCGGCUCCACCACCGCAAACGAAAACGAAGUUUGGACCGCUUGCCGAUCAGGACCGUAUCUUUACUAACCUGUACGGACGUCACGAUUGGCGUCUCAAGGGAGCCCUCAAGCGAGGCGAUUGGUACAAGACCAAGGAGAUCCUGAAUAAGGGAACUACGUGGAUCAUCAAUGAGAUCAAGGUCUCUGGUCUGCGUGGUCGUGGUGGUGCUGGUUUCCCAACCGGUAUGAAGUGGUCCUUCAUGAACAAGCCAUUCGAUGGACGUCCAAAGUACUUGGUGGUGAAUGCCGAUGAGGGUGAACCAGGAACCUGUAAGGAUCGUGAGAUCAUGCGCCACGAUCCACACAAGCUGAUCGAAGGUUGUCUUAUUGCUGGUCAUGCUAUGGGAGCUCGCGCUGCCUAUAUCUACAUCCGUGGCGAGUUCUAUAAUGAGGCAUCCAAUAUGCAGCUGGCCAUUGCUGAAGCUUACCAAGCUGGUUUGAUUGGCAAGAACGCCUGUAACUCCGGCUUUGAUUUUGAUGUCUUCAUGCACCGAGGUGCUGGAGCUUACAUCUGCGGUGAAGAGACUGCAUUGAUUGAAUCACUUGAAGGAAAGCAAGGUAAACCUCGUCUGAAGCCCCCAUUUCCAGCUGAUGUUGGUGUCUUUGGAUGUCCUACGACUGUAUCCAAUGUUGAAACGGUUGCCGUUGCACCAACAAUCUGUCGUCGAGGUGGAGUUUGGUUCGCCAGUUUUGGACGCACCCGUAAUUCGGGAACUAAGUUGUACAACAUCUCUGGCCAUGUCAAUACUCCUUGCACUGUCGAAGAGGAAAUGUCAAUCCCGUUAAAGGAACUGAUUGAACGCCAUGCCGGUGGAGUUACCGGUGGAUGGGAUAAUUUGCUGGGCAUUAUCCCAGGUGGUUCGUCGACUCCUAUUAUCCCGAAGAAUGUUUGCGAUGACGUUUUGAUGGACUUUGAUGGGCUGGUUCAGGCUCAAACAUCACUCGGAACGGCCGCCAUCAUUGUGAUGGACAAGUCGACUGAUGUCAUUAAGGCCAUUUCGCGGCUGAUCGAUUUCUACAAGCACGAGAGUUGCGGCCAGUGCACACCGUGCCGCGAGGGUAUCGCUUGGAUGCAUAAGAUGAUGCAUCGCUUCGUCAGUGGAAAUGGCCGCCCGGAAGAGAUCGACAUGCUGUGGGAAAUUUCAAAGCAGAUCGAAGGCCACACCAUUUGUGCUUUGGGUGACGGCGCAGCUUGGCCAGUCCAAGGUCUUAUUCGUCACUUCCGGCCGGAAAUCGAGGCGCGUAUGAAGAAGUAUGAGCAGCAAGUCGUCAAGCAAUGAAAUGUCAAUGAAACUUUUCCAGAGAGGAAUAAAUCAUAAUAUGAUUGUUAGAAAUUGAUAAA